ACUUAAAUGACAGGGGCAGCUCUGUCCACUCACAGGCAUAGACACUAUAGUGAAUACAGAGACCCAUAUGUGCACAGAGGCUUUCUGUGUGCAUUCAGUAAGUUCUGGCUGCAUGUUCUUGUGUGCCUCUAACUCAAUGUUAUGUGCAAAUCAAUAAACCAAAGCUAUGAGACGCUGCUUUUUUUUUUUUUUUUUUGCUUUGCCAUGUAGAGGUAAUGUGGUAGGGAUGGGGAUGCUUAACCUUUUCCCCCACCCAGUUACUUUUCCCACAAACUGUGGAAUUCAAGAUACAUGUUUGUAAGACUAAUUUUUUUAAAAGCUCUCUCUGUGGAAGCUGCAAAAGUGGCAGGUGGGGAAAGUGUUAAGUUUCUGUCCUCACCCUUUCCUGUUUUCUGCACCAAACUUUUUAUUUCAAUUCUUAGACAAGAAUGCAGCUCCCAAGAGUACUGUCAUAGCUUUCUAAAAUAAUGUUGGAAGUAUUCCUCAGUGAUUAGAUUCGGGAUUUUUUUCAGGAGGGAGGAGCAGCCUUCUAAAAGCUAAGAGGGACAAAAAAAGAUUGAUAAUAGCGGAGGCCUGUUUUGAGGGAGUAGGCUUGGAAGGAAAACUAGCACUGUGUGGGCAUGAAUAAAUGUGGCUUUCAGGGAUGAGACACAUAAACAUUCCACACCAAAGGGAUAAGAGGCUUUUAGGAAUGGCUGUUCAAAAGAAAAUCACUGGAGAUGCAGGAAUAGACAAUUUAAAAUAGGAUCUGUUUUGUUGUCUUAGUUUGGAUGCUGAAUCACCUCAUUUCUGGGAAAUACUGUGUUAGCAUUAGCUCUUUGAUUUGCUCAUUAUGCUAGUUUUGCAGUAGCAGUUUCAUUUUUUAAACUAACCCAGUUGUGAGAGUGGUUCAGCACAAUCCUAACCAAGUCCUAUUAAAUUCAGUAGGGUUUACUUCCAGAUAAACAGGGUUAGGACAGGAUUAGUUUGGGCAUUCGCUAGUCCCUGAUGGGCCUGCCAUACCUGGCCAGUAUGUUGGGUAAGUCACAUGCUGUCAGGCUUUGUUUUCAACUUCACAGAAGGAAAAAAUGGCAGAUUUUCCUUUCAGUGUUACAGGCUUAUGACCAGUAGGCCUGGAAGUGUAUUUUCUGUUGGAAUUAACUGCUGUGGUUGGGUGGCUUACUACCGCGUAGAGCUUCUCUCCUACAUUUGCUGUGUCCCCCUAUGAAAAUUCUGCUCAACAAACUUUGUUAAAACACCAGCUUUCAAGCUACUUGAAGCUCAUUUUUGGAACUGGUUGCUGAGUAAUUUCCAAAAGCAGGAGACAAGAGGCAACCACUGAAACUUCUACAAUUCAACCUGUCCUAUCAAACAAACACCCACCCAAACAAACACACAGCAACCUAGAUCCCUAUUUGAACAUGUGAAUUUCUAUAUAGUAUUGUAAUGACUGAACAUCAGAAAUGAAAACAGGCAUGGGGGCAGAGAUAAGGGAGCUGAGGGGUGAGAGGAGCUAUGGGGCUGGGAAUAAGGGGCUGACAUGCUGUUAUAGUACUAAUGUGAAAAUCCUAAUGAACUAUAGAAAAACGAACGUUCCAGCAGGUCAAGCAACUUCCCCAGCCCUCUCAAAAACGGGCUUGGCAAGGAGUCCUGUGCGAUUCAAAAGCUUGCACCCUUUUCCUCUUGGGAGCUUUUAAAAUAAGUUACAAUAACCCAAGCUUGGGCAGUUUCCUAAUCCCCCCCCCAGCUUGUUUUUCUCCUAACAGCCCCCCCCAACCUGACAAGCAGCUUUUGGGCGGGCUUGGCGACUGUAAACCGCGAGGCCGUUUCAGCGGCUACCGCCUUAGCAAAGCCCGCCUUGCUCACACAAUAGCAACAACUCCUGAGCAAAGCGGCUGCGGUUCCGCGCUCCCCAAGGGAGGCGGCCGGGCAGGCGAGCAAGCAGCGAGGGCGGCCACCUCUCCGUCCCCGCCGCCCUGCUGGCUCUGAGGAGUCGCAGCCAAUUCUCUGCUUUUGCCUCCCUCUCCCACCCCACCCCGCCAUCGCCGACUCAUUCGCUCCCAGCCAGGCUGCCCCUCCCCUUCGGGCUCUCCCCGCUCGGCGGCAACCCCGGCCUCAACCCCGCGUGCGUAACACACACACACACGCACUCGGUGGCACUCGCAGCGCAGCAGCCACGGCCGCUCCACCAGGCAUGGCACAGGGCUCUACCUCACUAUGGCAGCCGCGCGACACAGCACCCUCGACUUCAUGCUCAGCGCCACAGGUGAGGCGCCUCGCUCGGGGUUUCCCCUGCCCACCCUAACCCCGGCCGGCGAGACCGACCCCGCGCUUCCACCCUUUUAUUUUUCGGGGGGGGGGAGGAGGAGGAAGAGGCUCCUGAAGCGAAGGAAGGCAGAGUGGCUGGCUGGGCGGGCGGGCGCCGUUGCGGUGCCUCCUCCUCUCCUGCACAGCCAUGGCUCGCUGCUGCAGGCCCGAGCUGCCUUGCGCCGCUGCUGCUCCUCUUUGCACCGUCAGGAGCAGCCGCGGCUGCUGGGCGCAGGCCACUGUCUUUGCUGACUAAGCCGCGCCGGGCGCCUUCCCCUCCCGCUGACCCCCGAAGCUGUGCCGCACAUGCCCGCGUUUCGCCCGGGCUCAACCGGGAGCCCUUUUGCCGCCAACUUUUGCGCCUUCAGCCGCAGCCUUCGGCCUCCCCAUGUUGGGAUUUCCCCCUCCCGUUUUAUUUUCUAACCUUCGUCUUUGCAGCUCCUCCCCUUCAUAUAUGCAGAUUCCCUGAAGCUCAGCCCCGCUCUUCUGUUUCUCCAGCCAUACAGAUUUCUUCGCCCCCCUCCCCCGCCGCAUGUGCCUUAUUUCUCUCCCCCCCCCCCUCCACCGCAUGCAAUUUCUCUCCAUUCAUUUCCCUGGGCACAGGCUCUGAUCGACACUGCAUCCGAAAAUAGACCAGCAAGGGCCUCUUUCGAUUCUCUGUCUCCGCACCGUCGCCCCCCCGGGGGGGGCACGCUCUCUUUGCAUACAUAAAAAUUAUUAAAUUGCUUGCCCGUGCUUACAAAAUUGACUUCGUAACUGGCUUUUAAAAAGUAUGCGCCUGUAAAUUUUCGAGGAAGGGAUGAUCGUGCACGCCUUAUAGUCGCAUGCGUGACCUUAAUCUGUCCCUUAGGCGGUGACUUCUUUUUUUUUUGCUUUUGCAGCUGUGCUGACAGUGACGAAGCUUAUUUUCUCCAGUAAUCCUGAUGAUUGUGAAAGGAAGUGAUCUAUUGAUAUGGAAAAUCUGGGCCCAGGGAGAAAAAGUGGAAUUCAAUGGAUUGAUAUUGGGGAAGGGCCUCUGCUAAUAACUUUUUCAAAAAGGGAGGGAAAAACGUAGCAGGAAAUGAAAGAUCAGGAAGUAUCUUGUAUUGGGACUCCUCUGUUGUUAAGUUGCAAAGAAAAGAAAUCAGGAGCAUUUUGUUUUGCAUUCCUCCAACCCUUAUUAAGGGUUAAAAGGAACUAGCUGUGGAGCUUAUGACCAUUAUUCUCAAAUCUUUAUUUGGCAAUUAAGAGUUUACUGCCCACAUAGUUAUUACAGUAAAUUAGUUUACAACCUGUGUUUCAGAUGUUCGGUACAGUUGAGCUAUAAUGAUUUUGAAAACCCUCUAGCAGCUCCAAAAGUGGCAUUCAGUCUUUUGAGCAUGCCAGUUUUAAUGGCAUUUGGGAGGAUGGUCAACCCUUUAUUUGCUAUCAACACGUUAUGAAGAGUGCAUGUAUGGAGGAAAGUGUACAAAGCAACUUUUAUGGUAAUGGGCAUGUUUUGUCUCAGUUGUUCAAGUGCAGUAGCUUAUUUAUUUAUAUGUGAGUGAAUGGCAGCUGUUAAUGCAAAUGAUGCACUGUACAUUUGUAGUGUAAAGAAUCACACUUGCAUAAAUAAGGAAUCAUGUCAGUUCUGGCUCUUGAGUAGUGAAGCUUCUCCUGCUAUAUCCAUUCAUCGUUUACUUGGAAGCAGAAGGUGUGCCUAUGGGGCUUGCUUUGGAGGGUGGGACCUUAAUCUGCAAUUUACCAUCACUUAUCUAGGUAUAUAGAUCUGAAGAAGUGUGCAUACACACAAAAACUCAUACCAAUAACAAACUUAGUUGGUCUCUAAGGUGAUACUGGAAGGAAUUUUUUUAUUUUACAUGUAGAGGUAUAAAUAAUCCCAUGGAUUAUUUGCGCUACAGGAAAAUGAAGCUGCUUCAUUUUGUAAUUGGGCAAUCAUGGGCUUGCUUCAGUUGCUGCGGAAUCUCAUUUUUGAACCAAAGGUGUUCAUAGUUGUGAUAUGCAUAGGCUGGGAUUCAAAGAACUGGGAAACCAGUUCUGUGUGAGCCCAAGGAGACUUUAGAACUCCAUCCCUCUGAACUACAGCUCUCAUUUCUGCUGGCAAACACCGUUGUUGUUUUUAAUUGGAAAUUCCAGAGGUGGUUUGUUAUAUGGCACUGGGGUCUAUCAUUUUAGGGGCUAAAGAUCAAAAAAUUUGCAGGAUCAGCACAACACCUCUUGAAGCUAAGCAGAUCUUUGAAUCCCAGUGGUAGAGGUUUGUACUGAUGCAGCUCAGGCGGUACGCCUUAUAAUACAAAUUUAUAUCUGGUGUGCCUGAUAUAACUAGCUUAGCUCUAGGUGCAAGUGAGUUACCUAAGCCUUCCAGUUACAGCACCAUUUUUGCUAAUUCCUAUGUGACACCUAGGAGCACUGCUGUUAUGCUUUACCUUGUCAGUGGCUGCUCUCAGAUUGUUGAACUCCUUUCCACAAGAGGCAAGGCUAGCUCCCUCUAUGCUUCCCUUCCCUUCAUAGGCAAAUAUGUUUUUUAGACAGGCCUUUGGCCACUAACAGUAUGGUGUGGCAAGAACUUUUAAUGAUCUGUGCUGUGUAUUUUCUUUUGCUUUUGUGGUUGUAAGUUGUUUUGAUUCAGUGCUGUUUUUAAUAUAGUAACUUGGUUACCAUAUUGUUUUCUUUAAAAAAUAUAUAAUUUAUGUAUUUAGCUGUUUUUUAGGGGUUUUUUUUGCAUUUCAGCUGUAUCUGUUUUAGUUCAUUUUGUGAGCCAACUUGGGCCCUGCAGUGGGAGAAAGGUUUAAUAAAUAAAUACCUGACAAUAUUGCUUGUUGACCAGCAAAAUUCAAGGAAAGUAUGGGGAUUUUUAUUCAUAUUGGCUACAUUUCUCUCUCUCUCAUUUUCUUUAAGGAGCUCAAGGCAUUGUCCAUGCCCCACCCUGGUCUGAUCCCCCAUUCCUUAUUCUCAAAACUAACCAGUGAUGUAAAUUGUAAAUUCGGCUCUGAAAGAGCUAUUGGCCCAUGGUCACACCCUGAGUUUCAUGACUGAUUGGGAAUUUGAACCUGAGAAGACGCUUGCUACUUCCCUGAUCCAACUAAAUCAGUGGUCUUUUAAUGAUAAUCUAGUUCUGUUAUCAUAUACACAUAUGUGUGUAAUGGAAAAAAAAUACUUGCUUAGAACAAAGAACAACAAAACAACCGGCAGCUUUAUUGGGGUACUCAAAUGGUCACAACAUACAUUUUAAACACAUGGCUUUUCUCAAAAGAUCAUGGGAAUGGUAGCUUAACCUUCACUGAGCUACAAUACCUAGCACCCUUAACAAACUACAGUUCCCAAGAUUAUUUGGAGGAAGCCAUGUGCUUUUAAUGUAUUAUGUGGAUGUGGCACAUGGCUGUUGAUCUUGACCAGCUUGCUAUUAACAUUAUAAAGAAACAGAUUCCAAAGCUGGGUAGCAGCUCAGCUCCCAGCAAAAUCAACAGUACUAUGAAGGUUUAAAGGUUGUGCAACUCUGGGUAUAUAGACACAAUUGCAGCUUCUCUGUGACAGAGGGCCAUGUUUCCUCCGUUUGUAGAAGAACUAUAUUUCAGUAUUCUGUAUCAUCACAAGUUGUUUGUGCUUGAGAUACAUUCUCUGUUCUCCCUCUCUCUGCAGUUUGGUUCUAUUUUAAAAGAAAGCAUCAUCCUAAUAUUAAGUAGGGAGAAUGGUUGCAAGGCAGAGAUGAGGAAGGAAGAAGGGCUGAGCAAGUUCUCGGGUGUUAGAAGUAUCUCAUUAUCAUAAUCUGAAACUCAGAUCAGUUUGUGUGCGUGCUUCAAUCUGCAUUCUGAAACUAUUGUAGAAGUUAAUUCCUCUUGUUUGCCUGUGGUGCUUGUUAGUCUACCAGAUUCUUCUUGCGUAAAUUUGUGUAAUCCCAUUUGCAGAGGUGUUGCAUAGCUAACUCUGAAAGAUAGCAAGCAAGACAAACUGGACUCCAGCCUUACUCAUAUCGGUUCAUCAGAACAAACAGUGCUGAGGAAUUAGUCAGCUUUUCUGUGUAUCUUCAACUUUUUCAGACUUACUUUUAACCCAAACAUACAUUUGAAGACCCAUUUCUUAACGUUUCACCAUAUCUUUGCAUAGUGGUAGUGUUCCUGUUGCAACCUACCUUGGAUUAGGCCACGGCCCACUAGUUGAAGACCAGCGGUAUGCAGGUAUUGCCCUGAAUAUCUGCUGAAUAAGGAGUCUUUGCGUUUUGUUUAGUCACUCACCUGUUCCUCCAGAGCAUGAAAAAACAAGCUUGCGCCAUCCUCCAUGUGACAGAAGAUAGUUGUGGCCUCCUAAGGUAUCUAGAUUCUUUUCGCAUGAACUACUCGCAGUCCAGAUGUCCCCCAUCUUAAAUGUGUGCAGCUGGUUAUUCCUGCUUUGUUUGCCUCCUCCAUAAAGGGCCUGGAAAUUGGCAACACAAGAAUGGGCCUUUUCUGUGGUGGCUCCAUGCUUGUGGAAUGCUGUCCCCAGGGAGGCUUGCCUGCCACCUUCUUUACAUAUCUUUAGUUGCUAGGCAUAAACAUUCCUUUUCUCCCAGUCUUGUGAUUUGGAAUUGAUGCAGUAAAGGGAACAGUGAUGAGAAGUAUUUUGAAUAAGUUGCCAACCACCAUUAGGAGGGAUCCACAUAAUAUCUUUCUACCACAAUAUGACUACUAUGCUUAUAGGGAAUGAUCUGUUCAGAAUGAAUGCUGUUUAUGCUUGUUUUUGGUAUGUCCACAUUUAAAAACAAACAGACACAGGCUAACUUUUGAUUUUUAUAAUUUUAUUAGCUUUAUCAUCAGAUUGUUGAACAAACACACUGAAGAGCCAUGCAGUGAAAUUCUGUGGCAAGCAGCAUUCUGAUAAACAGCGCAUUAGUGGUUCCUUGGAGAUUACAAAGACGAGAUGAGCUAUAGUUAUAAAACUAAAAUAAAACGAAUACUUAUAAAUGAUAUUUCUUAAUAACUUUGGACUUGCACUUUCAGUAUGCAGCCUACGACCAAUAUGAAAUCCUGAAGGAAUUUGUUAGAGCCCCAGAAAAAUAUUUUGAAAAGCAAAGGUAACCAUGUUUGUCAAUAAGAAAAAAUAAUCCCAUAUCAAGAGUUGGGCACUACCUUUAUUAGGAGCUACAAAAAUGUGGCAAGUUGUCUAAUAUUUAAGAACUCUAAAUCAGAUAAGAUGUUACACAAAGCAGGGGGUGGGGGUAGGGAGGAUGGAGCCAUGAAGUCAUCUUGUUAGUUUGGUUCCAAGAUGGAGAUUGCAGACUGAACAACUCCUUCCCAGGUGCUAUAGAUGUCAGGUUCUGGGAUAAAGAAGCAUUGUCUCUGUGGAACUGAUCUCAAACAAACCACUGGGGAGGGUACAUAAUUGGUGCAUUUGGGAUUGUAUUCAUACGAAAGGGCACUGAUAAAAGUUUACCUCAGAAAUAUGUUUACUCUUGAUUAGAUAGUUCUAUUUUGAUGUUGCUCAGACUUUGGGUGAAAUGCCUCACUGCAUUUAGUUACAUGAGAUGAAAAACUGAAAUAUCUACAUUAAAUAUUCAGUAGUGCUGAAAUAUAACAGGCCAAUUUUGGAGGGGAAACACACAUAAAGCUGAAUGCACACAAGUUAAAUGUGCAUAAGUUGUGGACUUACUUGAUGUCAGCUUAGAAAUUAGCCCACAAAGAAGCUCAAUGGGCCUUAUCCCUUAAAACUUAUUUGAAGCAUUUCUGAUUGGUUCAUUGAUGGCUUCUGAAGUUGUUAAGCCCAGCAGUGAGAAACUGAAUGGUUUAUAGCAAAUGGCAAGCUUUCAGAAACGUUACUGAUUUAAUUAAAGGCAAAAAUGAGCUUGUGCAGUACAAGAACCAGAAAACAUACCACUUAAUGUCUUGAGGAAAUUUGUUUGCACCGUGAGAGUCAAAAUACUUUGAAGAGUGAUUUAUCCUUGCUCUUGCGCCAUAGGGGUAAUAUUUCUACAAUUAAAGAAACAAAAUAUGACAGGGUUACUAUGCUUUCUUGUGUUUUGGCAUAAAGGGAGCGAUUACGUUUGUGGCGAUAUUUUCUGAGAUAGUGGUUUUAUUUUAAUUGCCACUGAAACAUUCCUCUUGAUACAGGCAGAAGAAGCCAGUUUUUGUUGGCUGAGCCUGCUAGGAUGCUGAUCUUGUUGCCCAAGUUUGGGAAUGAUCCUUAGUUACGCAACACACACCCAUCUUCCCUGCCUAUCCCUCCCAUUCUGCUAUGUCCUUGCUGUUGCCUUACCACAGUUCGAAAGCUUUUAAGUGCCACUAAGAUAUUUUAAACACACACACACACAGAAUUAGAGUGGGAAGACCAGUAGCUAAGCCAUAGAACACCAAGCCUUUUCCUCUAGCAGAAUAUCACAGAGGCAAAUAUAUUGCCUAGCAAUUACCUGUGCACCUCUAGAUUUUGCCCAGAGGGUUACACUCGUAGAAUGCUUUCCCAGGUUAAUAGGUUUUGUUUUGAAUUACUGGUAGAGACAUGGGUGGCGGCGCUGUGGUAGGUGUCAAGGUUUUAGAACAACAACAGCAGGUGCAAAGUAAAUCUUUUAAAACCUCAGUUUGGGCCUAUAUUAGAGCAAAGCUUACAAAAUUCCUAAUAUUUGUUCCAAUUAAGGCCUUCCUCCAGUGGAUAUUAUUUGUUUGUUUGCAUGUAUGAGAGACAGUGAGAGAGACUGUCUGUUCCUUGCUUAUCAGCUCUGCACUGUUGAUGAAAAUGGUAGAACAAGGCGAAACGGAUAACUUGUUGAAUGCAGGAAGGAGAUACUCAUUUCUCAGAACAAAAUACCGUUGUAACAGUAAAUCAGAAAGUUAUUUUUUCUCCCAUUUUUCUCCUGCCCUUACGCCACUGAGCUUGGGGAAGCAUACAUGUUAUGUUGUGUGUGUGUGUUCCAUCCACCCUUUUAUCCUUUCAAAACUAGUGAGAUAGAUUAGGCUGACAGAGAAGGUGGCCAAACAAAGCUUACCUGCUUUUUAUGACUCAGUGGGAAAUUAAAUCUUGUCUUCCCAUGCUAAGUCUGACACUCUAGCCACAAUAUAACCACGCUGGCUCUUUUCUCCUCCCCAUUUUUCUCCUGCUGUUCUGUCAUAGAACUUAUGGUGCCCCAGUGUUCAUUCUCACAACAACCCUAAUCAAUUAAGCUGUUCAGUAAGCAUUUCUCCCCCUGGAAGUUUUUCUGCUUCACCAAGUACAAGCCCCUUCUUGUCUGUGGCAGCCCCUUACUGUCUAAUCUCAGCAGUUUAUCUUGUGCUCUAAGGAAAGAGGUGCAUCAGCAAAGCCUUGCGAAAUUUAGGCUGGCUGACUGAUACCAUUUAUUUUAAACUAAGAAAUGUCAGGACUCCUCUCCAGGGUGCUUCCCAUUUCUGGGAACCACUUUCAGGAUACCUGCACUGCGCAUAUGUGCGGGGGCAUGUGGAGUUGCCUCUAUUAAAAAAGCUAUAUGGGAUAUGAGCUCCUGAAAUUUGACUUCUGAGGUUAAAGUGAAAAAACAGGGGAGUAUUUUUAUUCCCGAAACUUCUCCAGGAAGUCAUCUCAUCACAUACAGGCUGAUGAAAGUCAAUACUUGGUGGAAGGAACCAUUUUGGGCUGGUUUUCUAUACAGUGGUACCUUGGGUUACAUACGCUUCAGGUUACAGACUCCGCUAACCCAGAGAUGGUGCUUCAGGUUAAGAACUUUGCUUCAGGGUGAGAACAGAAAUCGGGCUCCGGCGGCGUGGCAGCAGCAGGAGGCCCCAUUAGCUAAAGUGGUGCUUCAGGUUAAGAACAGUUUCAGGUUAAGUACGGACCUCCGUAACGAAUUAAGUACUUAACCUGAGGUACCACUGUAUAUGGCAUAACUUGUACCAAUCUGUCUUAAAAUUACGUCUUUAGUCCUUUUUCAGCUGAAAGGUUGCUUUCCUUUCUUGGCAGUUGCCUGCCAGUGUUGGAUGAUGCCAGAGGCAAAAACGGGCAAAACAAUUAAUGUGACUCUUCUGUUUCGACCAUAGGCUAUAUUCUAGCCGCACAAAGGCCUGACGUUUCUACACAAAUGCACACACCUGUACAUUAAAGUAUGCAAGAAGACAUAUCAGUGGUAUAUUCCAAAUAGGCAACAGCCCCUGAGGGGGUACAGACUGGUGCUGUGAAAGAAGUGUGACCUGGAAGUAUCCUGAGGGCCAGACAGAGAGGCCUAUGUAUUCAGCUCCUAUGCCUGAGGUUCCUCAUCUCUCCUUUCAAAAUUAAUGAGCAGCAAAAUGCAAUUUCUAAAGGAUUAGGAUUAUUGCCAGGCACACCCAACUCCGCUAGAAGUUUAGCUUCUAUCAAAAAAGGUGAAAAAUGAAACCUGAAACAUGCCAAAAUGACCAUCUGUCAGUUUCUUGUUCUUUGAAUCCCACUUGGACAAACAAGGAUGCCUGGCUGAGCAUCCUGAACGUUUAACAAAAGCCAGCCUUUCAUGCAGAUCAAUUUGUGAUUCAGAUCGUUGAAAACAUAAAAACUCAUUUGGCUUUGCAAAUGUAAUGGUCUGAUAUUCAUCUGAGCAAGAGUUAAUAUUUACCUAUAACAUUGUACUUUUUAUUCAUUAGCUCCCCAGGUUACAAUUCAUGCACAAGUAUAAUAAGAAAAAGGUUUCUUCUAUGUUCUUUUAUUCUUUCUUACAUUGUGCUGACUUAUUUCCUAUCAUUCUGUGCUCCUGCUGAAAAUUUGGAUUGUUCUGUAUUAUCAUUACAGUCGUACCUUGGUUCUUGAACGCCUUGUGACUUGAAUGUUUUAGCUCCUGAAUGCCACAAACCCGGCAGUGAGUGUUCUGGUUUGCGAAUGUUCUUUGGAACCCAAACGUCCGACACGACUUCUGCAGCUUCCGAUUGAGUGCAGGAAGCUCUUGCAGCCAAUCGGAAGCUGUGCCUUGGUUUUCUAAUGUUUUCGGAAGUCGAAUGGACUUCCGGAACGGAUUCUGUUCAAUAACCAAAGUACGACUGUAUUACCAUGUAUGGAUUAGUCAACAAAAUGAUGGAGCCUAUAGACAAAUGGUCCUUGCAACAUUCUUGCCAUAUAGGACCUCUUUUAUAUAGAAAGAAAAAAAUAUCAUUCUAACCAUGGUUACCUGUGAUGCAGAAAUAAAAAACAGGUAUGCUGUUCCCCCACUACUCAAACUGAAGUCAAGUGGGAUGUAAGGAACAUAGCUGCAGAAGUGCAAAAAUGUUAUACUAGAAAUAGAGUUGUUUUCAACAAACUUGCUUUCAGUACAGAGAAUAUGGGGAAGAAAUUCAUGUUGUGCUCUUAUGAUCAUUCUGUCAGUCCAAGCAUUUGUGUUUGCCAGAUGGAAACCCCCCCCCCUUGAUGUGUUCUGGGGGUUCUUCCAACACUUCAGAGCGGAUUGGGAGCUGUGGGCUAGUGUGAGCCCUUGCAUUGGCUUCCGCUGUCGCUCUGGGUUAGUUGAAUCCGGUCCUCACUCUCUUAGGGCUGCUUUUUGUUAUAGAACUCUGGAAACGUGCUUUGUUUUCCUAGAUAAAUAUUUGCCACAUUCAUCCCCGGUGUACAAACCUGUGUAAUGCAGUGGGCUGCAAACAUUUUACAUGUGUAUAUUAUAAUUGAUAUGUGUUAUUCAGCUUGGAAAAAACAAAGGAAGAACCUAAGAAUCAUUAUAUAAAAAGGCAGUGAAGAUUUAAAAUUUGUAUUUUUAAAAACCUUGUAUUCAUUUUUCUUUCUCUUUAGAAUGAAUGAACUGGCCUGUUUCUCAUAUUUGUGCAACUGUAUGUACUAAAACAAGUGUCCUUGACAGAAAGUCUCUCCCCACAACCCCAACAUUAGAAGCAUUUUAUAAAUAUAUUUAUGAAUAAAAACACAGGAAAGACCUUUUGUUUUCUAUCUAGUAGCUAUAUCUAGACCGGGAGCCAGCAGGAAGCUCCUUUAUCAGAGUUUACGCAAUUUUGGAAUGAAUUUGUAUUUCAUUUACAGCUAGAUGCAGCCACAUAGUUUGUUAAUUUGCUACUCUUAAGUAAGAAAUAUAAUUUUAGACAUUCACUUUAUACUUUGUUUUUAUCCUUCUGAGAGAAGAUGCUGACAAAAAAGCUAAAGCAGAUGGGGAAAUGUCUGGCAGAAGAUACAGUACCAGCAUCUUGGGAAUCUAAUUUUAUGCUCAUGAUGAGAGUUCUACAAGUAUCGAAAGAAUACAUGUUAAAAAUCGAAGUGCCUUUAUUGACCCAUGGUGUCUUUUCUUUCAUUGUCUAGCUGAUUGUAGUGCCGUUUUUAAAGGUCUACAGCCCAUCUUCCAAGAGCAGGGAAUGACAGAAACUAUUCAUAACUGGGAAGAUCAUGGGUACUUAGCAACCUACGUCAGUAAAAAUGGCAGGUGAGUGCAAUAUAGACCCAUAAUUUGUGGAGGGUGUUAGCAUUACUGUUUAACAACCAGGUAAAUGGUAUUGUCAAGAUGUGUCAUCCACCUUCAAAGAAGUGAAAUAAAAAGGGUAUUUAAUUAAGAGCUUUAACGCUUUUUUUUUUUUUUUUGGCAAGGGUUUCAGUGAGUUAAUUUCAAAUGCCCACAGUAACUAAAAUGUAAUGGGAAUGUGUUUCCCAGUGACAAAAUGAAUACAUAACCCUACAAAACCACAAGGCUUUAUUGUUUGUUACAAAACAAGCCUAGUACCGCAUUCUUAGACAACAUUGCACAUGUCUGGCUGACUGAAAACAAUGGGUAUUUUUCUGCCCUCGAAUGCUGCAGUUAUCUGACCUGGCAACAAUAUGAGACAUCACCCUGAAGCGUGGUGUUCUGUGAAUGGCUGAGUUGGUUUGUACCAUUUUAGCAUUAUAAUUCUAAGAAAAUAGGGCUGCCCUGCAUAACAGCUACUGUGGAAGGGCCUGUAUUUAAAACGGGAGUGGUUGUAUACUGUUUAGUAUUCAAAAUGGAAAUCUCACACGUGUAAAAAUUCAUUGUCAGGCAUUCUGUAAUAUUUACAGACUUUUCUGAGACUUCUCAGUUGUGUUAUCCUCUCCUGGUUAUCCUCUUUCUUUAUUAUGCUGCUGGUUUUGUUUUAGCCUCUGUAUUUGAUGCCUUGGGACGCGGGUGGCGUUGUGGCCUAAACCACAGAGCCUAGAACUUGCCGAUCAGAAGGUUGGUGGUUUGAAUCCCCGUGACAGGGUGAACUCCUGUAGUUCGGUCCCAGCUCCUGCCCCCCUAGCAGUUCGAAAGCACGUCAAGUGCAAGUAGAUAAAUAGGUACCGCUCCGGCGGGAAGGAAAUGGCGUUACCGUGCGCUGCUCUGGUUUCGCCAGAAGCGGCUUAGUCAUGCUGGCCACAUGACCCGGAAGCUGUCUGUGGACAAAACGCUGGCUCCCUCGGCCUAUAGAGCGAGAUGAGCGCCACAAUCCUAGAGUCAUCCGCCACUGGACCUAAUGGUCAGGGGUACCUCUACCUUUACCUUUAUUUGAUGCCUUAUUUUUAGUAGCUUGCAGUUUAAUUUUUUUUGCUUGUAAACUGCUCAGAGAGCCUUUCUUAUUUGGAUGGUAUAUAAGUAUUUGGUGAUAGAUACAGUUGUAAGAUUUGGUUCAUGAAACAGCCAUUCUGUUAGCAGGAGCCCCAUAUUUAGCACAGGGCAAUAGCUGAAUCUGAAAGGUACCUUGAACUUGCAGCAGAUGUUGCACAAGCCCUCGUGCAAUUGCUGUUACUACACUCAGUAACAGUUAAGCUUUGUGAGCUACUUCUUUCCUACUGCUUUUACAAGUGCUUGGGUAACAACAUCCAAACUUCUAAAAACUAAUACUAUGCGUAACGUCACAUAUGCUGUUCUUAACUGCCUUCUGAUGUGCUGGCAUUAAAAAAAACUUAUAUGCCUGAUCGCAGCACUCCAUUGGAGAGUGGGCUUUAAUGCAAGAUAAAAUGAGAACCUGCAUCCCUGUUGUAAUAAUAAGGUAAUGCUGGAAACAACUGGUGCAUUUGUGGAAACCAGGUGAAACUUAAGUGCUGUGAACUAUUAAAUUUAACAACUAACAGGAAUGUAAAAUGUAAAAAAAAACCCUCCUUCCUACCCCACAUUGCAAAGAUUUCUGUAACUAUACAACAGCUGCCAUGGUUUAAGUGCCAAACUAGGCUUUAAAUACAGUAUAACAUUCAUUCAUUCAUUCAUCUACUUAUUUAUCUAAAAUAUACCACUUGAUAUAAUAAAAUCUCUUAAGUGGUUUGCAUAAAAACAAUAAAAGCACAGACAACAAGGUUCAAUAAAAAAAUCCUGAAAACAAGCUGAAAACUCAACACAAAUAAAUAUCACAAAUAAAACUGAACAGUGUACCAAACAAAAUUAAAAAUUAAGAGUCAGAGUCUAGGAAAGUUUGGACAAACAUAUGAAUUUUUAAGAGGUGUUUUAAAGCUCACUAUUGUCUCUGCAUCAUGAAUUACACAAUGGAGUUUGGGUGCUGCCACUGAGUACCCACUAUUCUACAUUUUCACCAAGUGACAAUCUGCUGGUUGUGGAACAGCAUGGUAUCCUCAGAAGAUAUCCUCAGAAGCUUAGUAUUUACUGGAGGAGCCAGUCUGCUAGGUGUUCCAUUAAUAUUUAGUGUGGAUUGUUUUUCCUUUUAAACAACCAGUGGGAGUGGAGCAGUCAGGUCAGCUGUGAUUUCUCCUGGACUGGGAGUAAUUUAAAUACAGUGUUCCAUGACAUGGGAAGUUCCAUUUAGACUACUAUAACAGGUUGUAUGUGCACCUUGAACACUGCUUGGAAAUUGCACCAAGUUCAAAAUUUAGCUGGAGCAGUCUAUCAAUUUUGGAAGAGCUGCUCUGAAACCAAUUCAGGGUACUGAUUUUUUUACUUUGCAAGCUGUACAUGGCUUAGAACCCAGGAACCUUAAGUACCACCUGCUUAACAUGCCUGGAUAUUAGAAACCUCUACUGAAGCCCCUUUCUGAAUACACCCAGCUAUGAGAGAGAAGGUGGGAGGCGACGUAGGGAAAAUACCUUUUCCAAUGUGACACUUACAUUAUGGAAUUCCCUCCCCAAAGAAGGAUGCUUGGUGCCUACGAGGGGGAAAGAGAGAUUCCUAUCUUUUGUGGACCUGGAAAGUUGUGGUUUGUUUGUAGGAAAACCAGGCUUCACUCUACUCCUUUCUCUGCUCAUGAAAUGGUUUCAUUGAAUGAUUUCAGGGCAAGCAAUGGAUGGAUCAAGGACUCUCCUAAUUUUCAUGCUGUCACACUUAUCAGUGGUCCUCUUGCCAUUGUAGCAGUUGCUGUUGAGUUCAAGGUCAGCUGGUUGUCUCUUCUUGAGGAGUGUGGAUGAUGUGCACAUGAAAGGGGAAUAAUAGAAAGUGGUUUUGUGAGUGGAAAUAAGUGCAGAAGUGGUAAAUUGGAUUGAGAAAAUUACUGGUAAUAGUAAUAAUACAUUACACUGUGAACUGUGACUAGACAGAAUGUAGAUGUCAGUCAGAAUUGGAAACCACACAUUAAAUGUACAUUAACGUUCACCGUAGAGUCGAGCAGUGCUGCUGAAUAAUGGUAUACCCACAAAGGUUUUGAACAUACAUUCUCUUCAAUUUCAAACUCCUGUGAAUGCUGCUGACGACAAUUUUUUCCUUUAACAAAGACCAUGUAUUAAUCCCCAUUGGGAAAGCUGCAGCUGCUAAAUGAAUUGAAGUUGCUUGGGGAUUAAGUCAUGCUUCCUUGUUGUCUCUGCUAAAACAAUUCCUCUGUAUCUAGAUUAAAGCCACUUUGCAUGAAGUUAAGCCAGCAAAAGUAAUAUUUGUCAUCUCUCCCAGGUCCAUUUAAUUCAUGGGUCACUCUAACAAAAGGCAGAAUUGUAGAAGGCUCUAUUGUAAAGCUUUCAUUAAUCAUGUUGUCAACAUAAAUAUAGGCAAAACAGCCAUUCACUUUCUUUCCCAAGCUGAAUGUUAAUUACAUUUGCCAUUCAAAGCGCUGCGUGUGGUGGUAUGAUUUUUUUUUAAAAAACCAAACCUUUUUUUUAUUCCAAUUUAUUUGAAAAUGCCAAUGAAUGGGAAAAGAACAAGUAUUUCUGGAAUACAUGAAUCUUUGAGAUGUUUGACUUCUAGUAAUUGUUGGAAUGUUAUCAUACAUUUUAAAAACAAUUGGGCAAGUGAAACUGUUUUUUGAGUUUGUGCAGUAAAGAAACCAUAUUAUUGAACUGGCUAGUGUGUAUGCUAGUGGUUGUUUUAAUUUUUGUAAGUGGUGAAAUCUGUUAACAGAAAUUUGUGUAAUCAAAUACAGGUUAUUUUUAUUUGUUUAUUUAAUUUUUUUAUGUCCUGCCUUUCCUUUAAGAAGCUCAAGACAGCUAGCUGCAAUAAGGUAAAAACUAAAUGAAAAUGGCUAAAAACAGCAGAACACAAAAGGAUAAAAGGCAGCCAUUAAAACAAGUAGAUAUUCUUAAGCAAUGAUGAAACAGUUAACUGUGGCAAAGUGAAAUACAAAUUGGUAAAGGCCUUUAAAAGCUUUUGUAUCCCAAAAUCCUUCUUAAACUGCAAGGCUUUAGACAUUUGACAGAAGGCCAUUAAUGCAAGAUGAGCUUCUACCACAAGUGGGUUCCACAGCCUGGGUGCAGCUACUGAAAAGGCUCUCUCCCUGGUCCCAGGGCUAAGCAGACUCAUGGAGACAUCAGAUACACAGGAGCGCGUCUGAUGAAGAAGAUAUUAGGAGACGGGUGGGCUAAUACUGGAGUUGGUGGUCCUUCAAAUCACUGGCUCUUUAAAUUGGGCGUGGAAACAAAAUGGAAGCCAGUGCAGUUGUUUCAGUAAAGGUGUCACAUGCCUUUGCAUUCCAAAGCAAUUGUUUUGGACAGUCUUCAUAUGAGGCUUUCAUACUGCCCAUUACAGCAUGGUGUAACUAAGGCAAAUAUGGGUAUAGAUGAUGUGCUAGCUUCAGCUGGGCAAAGGCACUGCUAGCCACAGCGAUACCUUGGGCUCAAGAAUCAAGGCUAGGAUCAGAAGCGCUCCUAAGCAGUGUGAUUAAACUUAAGUUUGACAAGUUAAACAAUGAAUACUAGAAAUACUAAAACAAGCAUGAUGCUUAAAUUUAUUAUCCUACACCAGCAGUUCCCAGGGCAUAUUACAACAAUUGAAAAUCCAGAAUUAAAAACUGUUAACACACAUACACUGUGGCAAUGUGUUACCAGAACUCCUGGCUGAGUGGGCUCCAUUUAAAGGUGUUAGCUCUGCCUCUGUAGUUGAGGGCUGGCACCCAGGGGCCCUCACAAAAGUGAAAAGGCAUAUUGGUGAGCUCCAGUUCUGAUUUCCUCAGGGAAGUUAGAAACUUCUUUCGUUGUCCCCUUCUCCAGCACUCUUCCCAGCUCUUCUUCAGCACUCUUGCCCAGCCUUAUGAUGUUCCUUUUUUCCUGUUGCCUCCCAUUUUCUCCCUCCCUUUCACAUUGUAACUUCCUUCUCCCUCUUACAUUUUUAUUUCAUCUGUAGCCUUUUCCAGCUCAAGUUACAGCUGCAUUAAAGUCUUGGGUUUCUUCAUUGAUUUCUAUGUGCAGAUCUUCCUUCUGCCCUUGGGGACAUUUAAAAAUACUUUCUGUGUGAAUCAGAAAAUGACCAGUCUAGAAAAUGAGAUAAUUUUCUUUGUCCUUUUUAUAUCUCUGUGCCUCUCCCUUGGCCUUCUUUGCCUUGUUCCUGGUGGAAAGAGAAGGGGAGGGAUGGAGAAAAAGACAAGGUAGGAAGAGACACAAGAGAUAAAACUGUCCCUUUUCCAGUCUCCUCUUUACCUCCUUUGUGCUCAUUACCUUCUCCUUCAGCUAGCAUCUCUUGCCCAUCUGCCAGCUAUUUAGCAGGUUUUAAAAAAUAAAUAAAUUCCCAGGCUGCAUUGACCACAUCUUUCCACUGAUCACAUCCAGCCAGCUGAUUCCAUCACCCCAAUUCCAUCAUUCAUGUUUUUAAAGCAUUUCCCCCCUAUUCUUCAGCUGAAACAGGUUCCUAGAGUUUCUUGAAAAGACGAAGAAUAAGACUACUUUCCAACUGGCUCUCAAUUUUCCAUGGAUAUUGGGCAGCAUGCUUAGCUUCCCAGCAGAUGCUUGGUGGUAUUAGAUACCGCCUCUUACUCGUGGAGCUAAGUGUUCUACCUCCUAAAGAUUGCAUUGCCACAUGCGCAAUUGCCCCUUUAAUGAAGAAUGCAUUAAAGCCAUUUCUUCAAACUUGCAUGGAACAGAGUUUGAUAAUAUUUUAGAAAUCCUCCUUGUUGUAUGAAAACAAAACAUACUAAAUUUCUAGUCAUCUUAGAUCAUUUUAAAACAAUCAAGCUUGUUUAUAAUGGAGAAUUUCUCUUAACCACAAGGACUUACCAAGUAUUCACAGUUGGAAGGAAGCAAUGUAAAUAUUCAGAUGGUCUUCUUUCAACAGAAGCUCACAGGACAGUUGAUUAGAAUAUAAAUGAGGGGAGAGUUGGCAGCAGGUAGGCAGCUGAGGUGCUGGAGGUUUUCUUCCUGCAGUUCUUGUUGAAGACGUUGGUGCUUAGAAUGUAGGGACUGGGGGACUGCUUUCAUCUGACACUUUUCUUGUUUUUACUGUCUAGUUUUGCCAAUCUGAGAAUUUAUCCUCAUGGCUUGGUGUUGGUCGAUGUACAGAGUUGCAACGAUUUGAGUGGAGGAGACGUAGAGCAGGUAUGUAUAGUACCAUAUAUAUAUGGUAGUGCUUGAAUUGUAGACACAUUUUUUUUACAGAGCUUAUUUUUAAUUUCAUAAAUGCUAGGUUUUAAUUAUUGCAGCCAUUAAACUCAGUGGGAAAGUACGGGGCAAGCCUCUAGUUUGCUUCAGACAUAACAGUAAAGCAGAAAUGCCUGUAGGUACAUUGUGGGGAGAAUUAACCCAUUAACUGCAUUCCUUAACAGAUCGUCUGGCACUGAGCUUGAUGACAUUUCAGUGGAAGACAAUACCAUUUUUAUUUUCACAAUGGUUUUAAUUCUCUCUCUCUGUUUCUGUUUGUAUAUAAGGCGUUGCAGAUCUUUCUGUUUUUACCUCUAAACCCUGAAUACUACUUAACAGCAAACUUAAUGAAAUGAUAAAAAAGGAGGUUAUAUAUAACUCAUGUUUUGGAUUUGGUUUGUUUAGAAACUAAGCUCACUGGCUUGUAUGCAGUGCUAAACUCACUGAAAGCAAAAUUAAUUUUAACAAAAAUGAGAAGGGAAAAUAGACAAAAUCCUAAGGCUUUGCUACCAUGGGCUUUGGAGGUGAGAGAGAAAAGUUGGCUGUGUAUCAUAUUUUUAGGAAUCUUGUUCUUUUAGUUGGAUCCUAUUGUUUUUUAACCAGACUUUUUUUUUAUCACAGCUUCUAAACAAGAUAGAAGAAAGAAUGAAAGAACUGUGUCAUAGAAACAUCAAAAGAGUAAAACGGUGAGGAAUUUUGAGAUUGUUUGGUCAGAUUGCCCAGCGAAGUCUUUGUUGAUGUACUGACAUGUCUGGUAAAUGAAUAUGGAAUUUUAACACAUAGUAUUGAGACUUACAAAACAUUUUAUUCAAGUUCAUUCAUUUUACCCUUACAUUUUCUUAACGUAGUAAAGUUUUCAUUUGCUGUAGAUUAUUCGGUGGAGUUCCAUUAUGACAUAGUGUGGCUGCACCAAAGUAAACCUAUGAAAAAUGGAUGGUUCUUCUCUGGCUGCCUUUUGCUAGUUGGUAGAGACAUUUUAUUUUAUUUUGGCAGUUUCUUGCAUUGCUAAGUACUUGAAACCAUGGAGAGGCACAGCCAGUCAGUAGACAGUACUGAACUAGAUGAAUCAAUGAUCUGCCUAUAAGGCAACUUCCUACUGAAUAAGUUGUUUUAUAUAAUACUGUGAUUGUCAAGUAUAGUUAGAUGCCCUGAAUAGUGCAUAGGCACUAGAAAGGUAGGAUAGAAAUGAAAUAAUCUGAAAUCGGGGGGCAUAAUUGGGUGGUGUUAAGUUGUCGUCUUUGCAGGGGGGGGGGGGCUGCCAUGUUAUUGUGGUUUUUAUUCCAUACAGAAAUAUAUGGGGUUGGGGGAAAACUAAAGCAGAGAGCUGAACUUGAAGGGGCCUAAGGCACCUUAUUUGACAUUCUUUUCCAUACUUACGGAUUAGUGGGGGGAUAUAGAAACAACCCACCCAUAUGCAUUCCUUCAUUCUUUUCCAGUGAUUGGAGAGAAUCUGUAGCUAGACCAAAGACUGGUACAGUGGUACCUCGGGUUACAGACGCUUCAGGUUACAGACUCCGCUAACCCAGAAAUAGUACCUCGGGUUAAGAACUUUGCCCCAGGGUGAGAACAGAAAUCGUGCUCCGGCGCCAGCGGGAGGCCCCAUUAGCUAAAGUGGUACCUUAGGUUAAGAAUAGUUUCAGAUUAAGAACCGACCUCCAGAACAAAUUAAGUUAUUAACCUGAGGUACCACUGUAUUUAUAAUAUCUGGCUGUUUGCAGAACAAGCUGAUGGGAACUAAAGUCAAUGGGUUUGUCAGAUUUCCUGAAGUUCUGAGGAGAUCAGCAACCAUGGUCACGCCCUCCAUAUGUUGUUGGACAGCAACUUCCUUUAUUACUGACCUUUCGCCAUUCUGUCUGGGCCUAAUAAGAGUUGGAAUCCAGCAACAUGCGGAAGGCACAAGUUACCUAAUGCUGGAUUAGACAAGGAAAUAACUUGGUUACAUACAGGAACAGAGUACUAAGCAUUGAUAAGGCAUGGAGGCUGACUACGUUAGAAAAACAGAACUAAUACUGUGUAGUAGGUUACAGGGGUGAGAGAGGCAGCCUUUUGCCUCUGAUAGUAAUCUGAACAACUGGUUGUCAACGUCACCAGCACUUUCACAUUCAGUACAGUUCACGUUUGCACUAGAGCACAGCGAAACUAUUACUUGGAACACCAGUGAUUUUAGUCUCCUGCUUCUCUGGCUUUUGUGGGAUGCCACCAUUUUGUAGCUUUUUCUUGCUCAGGUUAUACUUCCAUGUGAAAAAGUAGGAAGCAUCAGCAUAGCCUUGUGUGCUCUCUGUGAGGUGGCAACUGUUUUGCUUCCUCUCCAGACUUUGAGGUAAAAGUAUUCCAAGCUGUCAUUGAGCCAGCUGCUGUUGAUGUUCCUUGCCUGAGUACCACGUAAGUGAAGGCCACUUAGUUGGCUGUGGGGAGAGCAGGGUAAUGCUGGGAAAAGCAAGAGUAGUAUUCCUGCUCUGUGGGCAGUUGCAGUGUACCCCUGGAACAAGCUUUACACACUACACACGAUCUGCCAUUUGUCAGCUCAUUUUGUCAGUCUCUUGCAUCCCAGUUGACCAGACAAUGGCUAUUUGGGUAAAAUAACUGCACCAGUAAAUGAAUACAUAAUGUGUGGCAUAGGAGUGGACAGGGGGCAUUAAGAAUAAAGCUUGAGAUAUUUUGGUGGGUUUGCUCUCUAUAUAUUAAAAUAUUUAUCUGGUUUUAAUAGUCUAUAAAGCAAAUUGGUUUUUAUAGUUAAAAAAACCUUUGGUCUCAUGAAGUUUGCAUACUAUCUGGUACUGCCCUCUAGUGUCUCUUAAAUUGUUUCAUUAGAUGGCAUGGCUUGGGUAUUACUGAAAGGCAUGACAGAUUUUCCUGUCCUUAUGUUUUCUGCUGUUGUGAAGGCAUAGUUUAAUUAAUUAAUUAAUCAAUUAAAUUAAUUUGUAUACCCUUUGCAUUUCAAGAAGAAAUACCAAGGGUGGUUCACAAACAAAACAACUUUUAACAUGCUCUGUCAUUUCUACCUUUAGAAAGCUAAUUUAACAAAGUAUAUAAAAGCAUUAAUAGCUAGCACAGUUAUCCACUGUCGUUUGGCAACCUGUUUGACAGCUAUGUCCAAGUUAUAUAACAGCAGCUUCCAUGUAAACAUUCCAGCCUAGGAAUUCAGUUGUUGCUGUCGUGGUAUCAGAAUGGACAUUUUUAAAAUACUCAUAGAUAAGUCAACAUGAGAGUCUGCCUGGAAUGUUGUACCAGUGAAUGCUAAAAAUAACCACAUUUUCAAAAACCUUUUGUGUGCUGCUUAUCUCUUGUUCCGUUCCAGUAAUGGAAUACUUUUUUUGGGCUGCAAAUCAGGGAAUAGCAAUUGUCUCAAAAGUACUAACAUUAAAAAGUUUACAAUGGAAAUUAUUUGCUUGGAACACUGUUUGAGUACCUCUAGGAAGGUAAUGUUUUAGAAAUGUCUUGACUAUAAUACAGCUUUUGCUAACUUGCACAAACCUGAAAUUGUGAACGUUCUCUUCUUUUGUCUUUUCGUUCUCAGAUUGCCAGCCAUUGUGAGAGGAGAUGCUAUUGAUAAAUAUUGGCCCACAGCAGAUGGACGAUUGGUGGAAUAUGACAUUGAUGAAGUUGUUUAUGAUGAAGAGUCAGCUUACCAGAAUAUUAAAAUCUUACACUCGAAACAGUUUGGAAAUAUUCUUAUCCUCAGUGGGGAUGUUAGUGAGUAUUGCUGUUUUUAUAUAAUACAGAGCCAACUGCUAUAAAGUUGACCUGCAAAACUUGUGACCUGUCAGUCCAAAGUCAACCCAUGUUUUGUGGUUUGUUGUGCUUAAAACCCAGCCACCCUAUUUUUUUCUCCCUCAGCCCUGGACAGGCAGUAAUUGCAGAAGGUUUUCUUGAACUUCUGGAUGGCAGCGUUUAACUUUGCGGACUCUAAAUUGUGUCGGUUUCCCACAGAGCUUCUGGGAUUUCUAUUAUCAGAAUUUCUCUCUUUCUGAUAUUUUGACCUGUGGUCAAAGUGUUUUUCAGCUGAGAUCAUAUCUAUUUUUUUUUUAUAUUACCCCAUCAGUAAUUGUAAAAAGGAAUCUUUGGGGGCAACAUGAAAUAAAUUCGGCUGGAAAUUUUAUACAGUGCUGAUGAAGCUAGUUUCUUCCAUUCCUGCUAGCAUUGUAUCAUUCAACCCACUGGGGGAAAAUAGCAGAUAAGAUUCUGUUGAUUAUUGUAUUUAGGCUCCCCUUGUUAUCAAAACUAAUUACACUAUCUAUAUUAAAAGAUUAUGUUAAUGGAAUGAAUCAUACUAUGGUAUGGACUCUUCUCCUGGGAAUGUUGAAAUUUUGGAGCAUAACAUUAUCACACUGGCUGGUGCUGACGGCUUCUUUGCAGUCUGCUGCUGUCUCUAGGUGUGUCAUUGAUCAACUCCAGUGACAAACCUAACCACAAACGAAGGCAUGAAUUAUCUGAUUUCACUGUUUCCAAGUAUUUGAACUGAAUUAGUAUUAACCAUUUAUGUUUGUGGGUUUGAAAGAAUUUCAUACUGCUUUGUUUCCCUUUCAGAAUUUCUAAUGCAGUUUGUAGUAGGAAAAUAGGUGGAUUAUGCCAAACAGUAGUGUCCCAGUAUCAAUCAAUCAAAUAUUGGCAUCACGGUAUAAAACAUUUCAAGUAACUGGAAUAAUUAAAAAGAUAACAGUGAAGCUAUCAAGGGUUAUAAAGUCACACUAUAGUCGUGUGCAUUUGGAUAUUCUGCUAUGCCCUGUCUAUUUCCUAAAAGGAUAGUUUGUUGGGAACCCUUUUGGGUAAAAUUGUGGCUCAAAAGGAAGCUACUAAAGCAGCAAUAUCUUUGUCCUGAUCUGCCAGGAGAAACCUUAUUUGGCUUCUCGGAGUUGUGGGCUGGAGGUCCAACAUUUUGCUCAGCAUCAGUUGGUGAGGUCUGCUGUGUAAAGGGCAAUCUAAGAGAAUGUGGUCCAUUGAAUCAGGUACUUCCUGAUGGCAGGCACACAAGUGGGCUUGAAUUGGGUGUCCCAGUAUUUGAGUUUGGAGAGAAAGGAGACUGUCUUCCUGAUUUAGUCAACUAAUGAAGAAUUGUAGAAUUGGAAGGAGAGCACGAGGGUCAUCCAGUCCAACCACCUGCAAUGCAAGAAUCUUUUGCCCAGUGUGGGGCUCGAACACACAGACACAUAUCUUUUGAAAGCACCAUGAGCCUUGCUUUCAGGGCCUUUCCUUGCUGAGCUAAAGAACAACCAACCCCUCUUCACCCCAGCAGGAAGUGAUCAGGCUCCUCUGAACCCACCAACCAGCUGUUUGAUGGACUGAGGAGAGGAUGAGUUACAGGGGGUCAGGAGAAGGCCACACACAAUGAAGGCACAUGGGGAGAGGACUGUGGAGGUUGCAUGUACCCCACAGUUUUCCCACCAGUGAUGUAUAUAAACAAAUUAUGUUCAUAUACAUCAGGGAAUAACAGUGACACAGCCAUUAAUAGAUAUUUGACAUUCCUCUUGUAUUUUAGUGAAUAACUUUACAUAGAAAUGUAAAACCACAGGUUUUAUUUUUCUAAAUCUGUAAUAACAUUUCUAGUCCCCCCCCUUUAAUUAGUCUGAAUGAUUUACUUUAAAAUAAUGAAGUCAUUGUGGAUUUCUGAAAUGUAAAUGCAAGCGGGUCUAACUUUAUGUUCUUAUUUAGCACAAACAAAAGAAUUUUCUUAUAACAUGCUCACAUAUAUCUCUUAAUCCCUGUGCUUUUCAAGAUCUGGCAGAGAGUGACCUGGCAUAUACACAAGCUAUAAUGGGCAGCGGGAAGGAAGACUACAAGGACAAAGAAGUCCUCAUUCUUGGAGGUGGUGAUGGGGGAAUACUGUAUGAAAUAGUCAAAUUGAAACCAAAGAUGGUCACCAUGGUAGAGAUAUCCUUUUAAUAAACGGGUGAUGGUUCAUUUUGAAAAUGUUUUGUCAUGAUUUCUCCCUGUGUAUUCUGUUCUGAAAGAUCAAAAUAGAUCAGACAAUUAAUACAAGCACCUCUCAGAACCAUCUUAAGCUCUGCAUUGUGUGUCGGGCACCCUAAAUCUGGCUCAGAUUGUCCUAAUUCAGAUAGAGGCAUCAUGACUUUAGUAGAUCGUUUGACCAAGAUACUUAAAUGUUGGCCAUUUAUGAUUAUGCAGCAGAUUUAAACUUUCUGAGCCAUGCUAAGUAUAUUUUAAAAUUAGGACUAUGUGUCAGAUAAUUAGCUACUUAUAAAGGAAUGUUUAAAACAGUUGUCAAUAACAUGUAUUUAAGAGUUGCCUGAAACAAUUGUCUAUUGAUUAUGGAAUCUAAACCUUGCUAUUCCGAAGCAAAACUAAAUACAGUGGUGCCCCGCAAGACGAAUGCCUCGCAAGACGGAAAACCCGCUAGACGAAAGGGUUUUCCGUUUUGGAGGUGCUUCGCAAAAUGAAUUUCCUAUGUGCUUGCUUCGCAAGACGAAAAUGUCUUGCGAGUUCCUGCGGGGUUUUUUUCCUUUCCCCCCCCUUUUUCCCAAGCCGCUAAACCGCUUAUCAGCUGAUGUCUAAGCCGCUUAUCAGCUGAUCUUUAAGCCGCUUAACAGCUGAUGCUAAGCCGCUUAUCAGCUGAUCGUUAAGCCGCUUAUCAGCUGAUCUUUAAGCCGCUUAUCAGCUGAUCGUUAAGCCGCUUAUCAGCUGAUCUUUAAGCCGGCUAAGCCGCUAAUACUGUAGCGCUAAGCCGCUAAACCUCUAAUGGGCUUGCUUCGCAAGACGAAAAAACCCGCAAGACGAAGAGACUCGCGGAACGGAUUCUUUUCGUCUUGCGAGGCACCACUGUAACUUAUUUUAAUAACUUCAACAAAAUGAGUUGGUGGAUUCUUAACUAGCAUCAGAUACAUUGACCAAAUGGUGAUUGACGGGUGUCGAAAAUAUAUGCGCAAAACAUGUGGAGAUGUCUUGGACAAUCUGAAAGGAGAAUGCUAUCAGGUAACUAAUUGUUUUAAACAUGCAAAAUGAAAGAUGUUAUCUGCAUCAAUGAAAAUACACGUUUGGGAGUACUUUCUGAUGCAAUACUGUGUAUUGUGUAUAGCUAUAUACAAUUCUAAGACAUUAUGAACAAAUGAUAAACUAGUAGCAGUUGAUUUUCUUUUUGCUUUCAGUCACUAAAAUGUAUACAUGUUUCGGAAGAGGCCGCAUGCACUGAAAUUAUAAUAUCCAUUGUUCCAUCUACAGCAGGACUGUGAAAUAGAGUCAUAAUGUGUUCUGCAUAAACAGGCUAUAUAGUACAUUUAUAAACUCAAGAACUAGGCAUCUGAGGUAUGCUAGACUUCCUAAUUAGAAUAAUGUUAUAGAAAAAAUAAAUAAAUGGUUUAAAUUCAAUUUAUAAAGGGAAAUAUUCUAGCACCGUAAAACUGAAACUGCACGUUGAUCCUUAUUACCUUAUUUUCAGUUUUAUUUUGUGAUGUCUUUGUUUUGUACAGAAAGGAAUGAAUGCUGGCACAAUUAAUGAUUCCCCCCAUUGCCUUUUGUCACAUUCUUUGGGGGUGGGGAGUAGUAGUAAUCAAAUAUGGGUUCUCUGGGUAGCCUUAGGGCUCAUCAUGGUCUCUCAGCCAAAUCUGAGAGUGGACCACAACACUAGUAACCAAAGGACCGUGGUUCAUCCCUGCUAGUAUCUCCACGUAGAAGUUGGGAAAUGCUCCUCUGAAAUCCUGUAGAACCACCCAAAUCUCUUUUCUGAUGAGAGCAGCUUUUGCAUCUCAUUUGGAAACCAAGGACCCAGAGUCUGGAGGAAGAAUGGGGAGUCACACAAUGCCAGAUGCUUGAAGUCCAGUGUGAAGUUUCCACAGUCUGUGUUGAUUUGGGGAGCCAUGUCGUCACCUGGUGUUGGUCCACUGUGCUUCAUUAAGUCCAGGGUCAACGUAGCCGUCCACCAGGAGAUUUUGGAGCACUUCAUGCUUCCUUCUGCAGACAAGCUGUAUGGGGAUGCUGACUUCAUUUUCCAGCAGGAGUUUGGCACCUUCCCAGACUGCCAAAACUACCAAAACCUGGUUCAAUGCCCAUGGGAUUACUGUGCUUGAUUGGCCAGCAAACUCGCCUGACCUGAACCCCAUAGAGAAUCUAUGGGGCAUUGCCAAGAGAAAGAUGAGAGACAUGAGACUGAGCAAUGCAGAAGAGCAUCUUGGUCUUCCAUAACACCUCAGCAGUGCCAAAGGCUGAUAGCAUCCAUGCCACGCCACAUUGAGGCAGUAAUUGAUGCAAAAGGGGCCCAAACCAAGUACUGAGUACAUAUGCAUCCUUUUACUUCUCAGAGGUCCAAUAUUGCUCUAUUUGCAAUCCUUGUUUUGCUGGUUUCAUUUAAUAUUCUAAUUUUCUGAGAUUGUUAAUUUGGGGUCAGCUGUACGCCAUGAUCAUCACAAUUAUAACAAAUAAAGGCUUGACGUAUCUCGCUUUGCAUUUCAUGAAUCUAUCUCAUAUAUUAGUUUCACUUUUUAAGUUGAAUUACUGAAAUAAAUGAACUUUUCCACGAUAUUCUAAUUUUCCGAGUUUCACCUGUACUGAUCUAGAUCAAGCAGUUGUCUGACUGUAUAAGACAACUUCUUAUGGCACUGUUGUGAAAGUAAAAUGAGUUAAAGAAUCCUGUGUAGAUGGUGAAUAUAUAUUCACAAUGAGGCUGAGAUCAUCCCUUCUCUGUCAGAUAAUUGUGCACGUAACAUGGGAGCAUACCGAAAUAGAGCCCAACGCAUCUGUGCAAUCUGUUCAUCUGAGUCUUGUGAUGUUGAGGUUAUGGGCAUUUGCCUUUGUUGCACGUAGGCUUGUAUGCAAACAUGAUGUGUUAUAUGUGAACCACCAGGCACUGACAGGCUUUGCUAUACAUUUUGACCACACGCUAAGGGCAUUAAAAACAAAAACUAUCUAUACUACCGUAUUUUUCGCUCUGUAGGACGCACUUUUUCCCCUCCAAAAAUGAAAGGGAAAUGUGUGUGCAUCCUAUGGAGCGAAUGCAGGCUUUCGCUGUAGCCUAGAGAGCGAGAGGGGUCGGUGCGCACUGACCCCUCUCACUCUCCAGGCUUCAGGCAGCUAUCCACAAGCCUUCUUGUGUGCAAUCUUGCCGCCGCUCCUGGACCUGUUCUGGGGGCUGGGGUCGGGGGAAGCUCGGGCUUCCCCAGCCCCAUGGCUGGGGGGGGAACUAAUUUUUUUUCUUUAUCCCCCCCCUAAAAACUAGGUGCGCCCUAUGGUCCGGUGCGCCCUAUGGAGCUAAAAAUACGGUAGUUACUGACUUCAGUGCUACUGUCUAGUUACUGACUUCAAUGUUGGUACCGUCGAAAUGACAGAAACAAUGGAUGAGUGAUCUGGGAGUGCUAAAAAGGUAGUAGUGAUCUAACUGAGGAACCCCACAUAUGAAAAUUCUACUAUUGUUAUUUUUUAGGUUCUAAUAGAAGAUUGUAUUCCAGUCCUGAAGAGGUAUGCCAAAGAAGAAAGGAUGUUUGAUUAUGUAAUUAACGAUUUGACAGCUGUUCCAAUCUCCACAUCUCCAGAAGAAGGUUAAUGUCUCUCUGACCUUUUGAAUGUGAACCUUGUUUACAAUGAAAACUCUUUCAUUUAAAAACCUUGAUUGCAGUUGAGUAACUUCUAUCUGGGUGAGAUAAGGGGAUGGUUGGGGAGAAGGAGGCAUGCACUGACCCAGGAGUGGCUUAGAUGGUGUAUGCAUGUCAAGUGUGUGGGCAUGUGUGUAGAAAAUGGAGCACAGUUGGCCAUUAUGACACACUUCUGCACACAGAUGCUAUGCCCUUUCCAUUGUAAUUGCCACGUGUUUACAAGGCAUCCUAUAACCCUGAACAAAAAGAUUAUCGUAACGUUAAGAAUGUUACCUUUUGCUAUAGCUUACCACAGUUAUGAAUAUUUCCUUGUGAAUUGCUAAUUAAACAAUUAGUAUUUUUCAAAUUUAGAUUCUACGUGGGAGUUUCUGCGGAUGAUUCUGGACCUUUCAAUGAAAGUCUUGAAACCUGAUGGAAAAUAUUUUACACAGGUAAGGCAGAUGAAAAGUAAUCACAAUGAAGUAUGACAGCGAAGUUUGAAAGAAUAAGCCUGUUUAAGAUGCUGCUUUGUCCCUAGGGUGAGAUCGAGAGCAGUCCAAGGCUUUUAUACGUAUCCUACACAAUCAUGCUAGAGGCUGAAGUGAAUCAGAGAAAAUCUGGGUUUAUUUAUUAUAUCUUCAGAACCUGAGGAAGUUAAAAUAAAUGCUUGAGGCUUGCCCAUUGCUUUCUAUGCAUACCAGCAUUAGGACCAGAUAAGCCUGCUCCAGAAUCUGGUUAAAUCCGGGGGACUUAAACAUAAUUUGAAUUUUGGCUAAAACUGUUUUUAGUAUAUAAACGUAAAGCUGAUUUGUUUUUGUUUCACAUUUUUCAGCCUGGCUCAAGUUUUCUGGUUGGUUUCAGGGAAGUUAAAAUCAAAUACUAUUUUAUACUGAUAAGGUAUACUGCAUUUAUACUAUACCUUAUCAGAAAUUAUGAGAGUAUUUUAGAGCUGGCAUGCAGCCAUCAAUAUUCUUACACUUUGAUAGUCCUAGCUGCAUUUUUAAAGGGUGGGGGGAGAGAAAGACAAGACAUUUCCAGCAACAGCCAUUGUCAGUGCCAAACAGGAUGCUUAUUGUUUAAUUUUGCCACCUUGUGACUCUGAAAUAUGUAGCUAGGCAAGCUCAUCCACAGAUGCUUUAUUUUUAAGUAAACACUUUUCAGUCCUCAAGUUUUAAUAGCGAAAGAGGAAAUGUUUCAGCAUAUAAGAAGGCAAUCUAGUCUGUUUCUCUGUGUUAGUAUGGUAAGUUCUCUGUUUUAAAUAACUGUUAGAAGCAAGGGGCCCCAAUCCUUUUCUGGAUCAGGAAGCGUUAGUUCCAUAACAGUAGAACACUGUCAAAACGCCAGAUACCUUUUGCUGCUCCUAAAAAACGAAUGCAACUAAGGAAUGGCCAUUAGAGUGUUGCUGUAUGCUGGCAGGGAAUAUCUUGUGCGGUGUAGUCAUCUGCAUUAUACUCUUUGGCCACUAGAUGGAGCUUGACAACUAAAAACGUUGGCUCCUGUAAUAAAAUCCAAAGAAUGUUACGUGCGAGGAAUAUAGGGACACACUUGAGAAAGACACAUCUUACACACAGGCUGCUGUGUACAAACAUUUGACAGCCGUUAUAGUUUUGCUCACAGAAUGAGAAUUCACACUUUUUAAAAAUGCAUAGACUUAGAAGAUAUGCUUGAUAUACAUAUAUAACCCAAACACUUGUUUUAGUUUUAUUUACCUUGUUAAGGGUUUAAAACAUUAUCUGUAUAGUUCUCAAAGUUUAGCAGUAUUGGCAAAGUUUCCAAGCUCCUCUGGAAGAUGGGAGUCACCCGAUCUUUUGUACUUGAUAAGUUGAUAAUAAUACUGGGAUUUAACUAGGAAUCACAGCUUGAGAUAGUAGAAAUAAAUGACAGAGAUUUUCCUUCUCCAACGGUUUGAGACAAUUGAUCUUUGACACCUGAGGAAUAAUUUCUCUGCUCACCUAGCAGAGAAUGUCAGCAACCUGUGUGCUCUAUGUACUAAUACCCUAUAAGUCUGGUCUUUGGGGUUCAGGGUAUAGAGUGGGGUGAUUAUGCUCCCUUUCCAUAGUUUAUGGGUAAAUUUGGAUGGAAAAUUGAGUCGUUUUUCAGAAAUGUAUUUCAUGGAGUAUUCCCAGAUCCUAAUAUAACCUUUUCAGCGACGUUUUUAAGCUUUUUAAAGGGUGUGUGCUUACUUAGGAAUGAAAAGGAAAGACCUCCUUUCCUCAAGUCCCCUUUCUACAACUCUUAGUUUUGAACUUGGACAGAGCCCUCAAACAGAGCUCUACUGUGUGAUACAGCAGGCAUUAGGGGCAGGAGGCCCCUGUGGCCCACUAUGUAAUUUCGGUACAAUAAAAAAUGUAAGUGGGCAUAUAAAUCCAACAAUGGUUUGGCAUAUUUGAUUUAUUAUGAACAAACCAUCCUGGUGUGUGAAUUUGCAUAGGUCUUUUUUUUAAGGCGAAGUGUGGUACUGUGAAGUGAAAUAUUCGCCUGCUUCUGAUGCAGAUGUUGUCACAGUAGUGGCACUACUCCAGGUGCCACAUAGUACCUAUUCCACAUUGGUAAGAACUUGGUUGUUUAGUGUGGCAGCACCUGCACUUUGGAACUCCCUGCCUAUUGUGAGAUGAAGCAGGUGCCCUUUUAGCAUCUGCUAAAAACAUUCUAGGUGCCUAGGGGGAAAUAAACAUUUCUAGAUGCCCAGAAAGUUGAGGUAAUUUUAAUCUGUUUUAGUCUUUUAUGUUUUGUAUGUUUUGAAGUAUGGUUGUGAUCUUCUCUUCGUUUUAUUGUUCUAGUUUUUCGUAAACCACUUUGUGUGUUCUUGUUUUUUCAAAAGCAGUGUAUAAGUGUAAUGAAUGAAUGAAUAGUACUGGAGAAACUAUUGGAUUUAAUUAAGUAUUUCGGAAGUAUUUUCCUUCUCCCUUUCCACAAUGUGCUUGCCACGUUGUCUCCUGUGAUUGCUUGCCAUUUGAUGAGCUGGUUGAUGAAACCUGGGAUACUGAGGAUGACAAAACUAGACUGCAGAUUACUCUCAUUAUAGAGAUUGGGUUGUGCCAUUAAGCUACCUCUAUACUGGCAGGAUGUCCCAUAAAUUACCUGAUGCUGUUUUCUAUUUGUGAUUUCCAAAUUACACACGCAGGUUGUUUAUAUGCUAUCCCAUUCAAUUUAAUGCUGACAAAAUUACAUGCUUUGUAAAAGGCAGCGGAACAAAAUAACCACUGCAGGACUGCGGAUAAUAAUAGAUUACUAAACAAGUUUUAUAUACUUAACUUCCUUACCUUUAUAUUAACCUCUCUCUUACCAUUUUACGAUGCUUGUGGUUCACGUAAUAACUCAAUUUAUUUCCGAAAUACUUAAUUUCCUUCUGCUAUUUAUUUGAUGUUCUAAUAUUAAAAAAUGAGACAAUAAUAAUAAUAAUGUGUUUCUCUAAUAUAAUAAGCAUAGAAACAAGAAUGUAUUUCCCCUUGUUUACCUUCUGCUCCCUGCCAUUCAUUUUCCACCUAUAAUUUAAAUUCCUUUUGUUCUGUAUAUGAUUAAUGAUCUCCCAUUCAGAAUUCAUAUAACAUUUUGUUGUGCGGUUAUGUAUUGCCCUGUCUUAAGCCUCUUCUAUAUACAGUGGUACCUCGGGUUAAGUACUUAUUUUGUUCCGGAGGUCCGUUCUUAACCUGAAACUGUUCUUAACCUGAAGCACCACUUUAGCUAAUGGGGCCUCCUGCUGCCAUUGCGCUGCCAGAGCACGAUUUCUGUUCUUAUCCUGAAGCAAAGUUCUUAACCUGAAGCACUAUUUCUGGGUUAGUGGAGUGUGUAACCUGAAGCGUAUGUAACCUGAAGCGUAUGUAACCCGAGGUACCACUGUAUUUCAGGAGUGGGGAAUCUGCAGUCCUUCAUACAGUGCUGGACCACAGCUCCACAUCACUCCUGACAUCGGUCCUGCCGGCUGGUGCUGAUGGGAGUUGGAGCCCAACAAUAUCUGAACAGCUGUAGGUUCCCCACACCUGAUAUAUUUAAUGCCACAGUUGCUAUUCAGGUAUAAAACUUGUCAUAUCUUUCUCACUCAUCUCCUUAAUGCUGUACUUUACACUCAUUUGCAGGUAAAGAUUAUCUGUUAUUGAUGUAUUCAUUAGUAACGCAGUCACUUCAGAAUGUUUAUGUUCUUUCGACUGUUGUGAAAUAUUUAAUUUUGAUAAAAUAAAUGCUUCACAUAGAUUGAAGCCACUCUGAGCAAGUUUGAUUAGUAACACUGCAGAGUCAGUACAGCACUGGCAUUGAGCAAUCAUUCCAAAUUCCUGCCUAGUGAUACUGUAGCCAGUCCUAGAAUUUUGUAAUAAGUGUUAACAUUUGGAAUGGGAAAGGAGUUACUAUGACAGUCUACAAAACCAUGAUCCUCAAUGUAUUUAAUGCAGAAUAAAAUCCGUGGAACUUGGUAGGACUUCUGUGUAAAUAUCCUUAUGAUGUGCUUUAUCUGAAUCAUACCUCAAAGCUGGAGUGUUUCUUUCUUACUUUAUAAUUUAUGAAUAAUGAUUUCUUAUAGAUUUCAUGUUUAUGUCUUACUUCCCUAUCUUACGGUUUUAAUAUUUCUAUUAUAGUUUAAUUGCUUUUUAUCUAAUAUCUUUCUGUGUUGUAUCCAUGUUUGUUUUAAUUUUUGUGAGCCUCCUUGAGUCCCAAAACUGGAAAAAGGUGGGAUAUAAACAAACAAACAAAUGUUAAGCAGCUCAAUGAAUCUUUGCUAUUGGGUAGUAUAUCAAUAUUACAAAUAAUAUAAAUAAAUUUGUGUCUUUUUCAAGAUUCACUGACAUAAGUGAUUUAUACCUCUGUUUAUAUAGAAUCUACUGAUGAAUUUGCUCCCUUUGCAUUAUGUCUCCCCACAGUUUUAUUGAUAUAUAGGUCACAUGUUGUCUUGCAGGGAAAUUGUGUAAAUCUGACUGAAGCUUUGACUCUCUACGAAGAACAGCUUGGUAGGCUAUACUGUCCUGUGGCAUUUUCAAAGGAAGUUGUAUGUGUCCCUUCAUACAUGGAACUGUAUCCUUGCUUAAUAAAUCAUGUCUCUUGAUAAGCACCAUUGUAUAAACCAAGUGAAUAGUGAGUACGUCAAAAAGACUUCACUGCACAUACUCUUCAAAAGGUAAAGAGUAUCUGAAUAAUGUAGGGAGGAUUCUGCUUCAGAAUUUAAUAACAUGGAUGGGUCUGAUUUCAGCCCUACUCGGACAAGUCCAUUUGAAAUUAGUUGGCCUAAAUCACUUGUGCCUAAUUUCAUUUCAUUCAGUUGGUCUAUUCACAGUUUAACUUGGUCAGAUACCGUCCCAUAACUUUCAGAAAUUCUGCUAUGGGUAUGUUUGUUCCUAACAUGUGUAACAGGCCUUAACAAGAGCUGAAAUUUUUCUUUAAAACAAGACAGCAGAAAGGACAUGAAAUAAUACUAAUUUCCAUUUUCCAAAGUUCAGAAUGAUGCCCAUGUUAUUAAGACUGAAGUGAAGUACCACAGGGUAAGCUAAUAGUGCUGUGCUAAAGAAAAGCAAGGUAUUUCUCACCAACUUACCAUCAAGAAAGGAUAUGUGGAUUUGAAAUGCUUGGAGUUUUUUUUUUUAAAAAAAAUAACAUUGAUGUGAGAAUUUUAAUGGCAAUAUAUUAUCCAACCAAAAUGUAUUUUUUAAGGCUUGAAGUGAUGACCUGAAAGGUUGUCAACUAUGGCACAGCUUUACAAGGUGUCCUGCUAUUGAUCAUACUUCCAUCAGGACAGAAGGUCAUCUUUCCCAAAUUAUGAGGGGAUGGGGCUAGGUGAUCUUUGAGAAUGCCUUCCAACUAUGAAUCUAGCCAUAUAUUUACAAAAUUACAUAAUUUACAAAGGAUGAUAAAAGUAACGCAGAUUCAAAUUGAAAUGAUGGUUUCUUCUUCCUGUUCAUAAUGUGACCAUAGUGCAAAAUAUGUAUUUGAUUCCUUGACAAGUUUUUAGAUGGGUAUUUUAUACUAUUUGGAAGAAGAGAACAGAUGUUUGAAGUUCAAGGUCCACACGCCACACAUGCUGCAUGAAGUGUGUAUAGGGCUUGCCAGAUGCUACAUCUUGGCGUCUUGAAUCUUUAAAUUAUAUGCUGUAGAUGAUCCUGAAACUUAGUCAUGCUAUCGAUUUGUGAAUUCUUUAAAUGUUUUUUAUUAUUAUUUUAAUUUAAAAGCAAAUGGGAAAAAAUGUAUAUUUUGAUGAGCUAGGGUGUUAUUUUUUGAAAGUCAACGUAGAUGAAUUAGCAGCAAAGCUAUAGCUGCUGAAUGCACUGAACCUUUAGAAUGUGAUCAUUUUUAUUUUUUAUUUUAGAUCGUUGAAUACCAAUUUAAAAAGACAAUGUUAGCAUUUCAGUGUGGUACCACAGAAUUUUCUCUCCCUUAAGACAUUAAUCAGUUUAAUAGUUACGGUGCUUUAAAUAGACUUUAAGUGGGUUGUUUGUUAAAUGAUCGAUGUGCUUCCAUUGGAGGAAUUAAGGGCAGACUUCUUUCUUUCUUUCUUUCUUUCUUUCUUUCUUUCUUUCUUUCUUUCUUUCUUUCUUAGGAAACCCUCUGGCCCAUUGUGGUGCUAUAAAGCCACCAUGAUACUACUUAUGGUGAAUCCUUAUUCUAACCCUCAUGUGUCAAGAUCUGUUAUUUCAUUUUCAGUGGGUCUUCCCAACAGGUAAUACUCAAUCUCAAAUGUGUGAGGGUUCAUUCAGAGGAAAAUGUGAGGGUUUCUUCGGAGGAAACGUUCAGCACAAGUAAAACGAUGGGGAUAAAGCCAUGGUGUAAUGACUGCCACAUCAAAAUGAACACGGAUUGGGCCCAGUCUUUGGUUAUAAAGGGAAAGAACUAAUAGUUUCUUCAUCUUCAGCAGACUAGUUUUAUUCUAAAGACGUUUUCAACACACAAAAGUGAAAAAAGGCUGCAUUACCUCAUUCACAAAGAAAUUUACAAAAUACUUAAUGCUGGAAUAAAUGCCAUUGGCUUAAGAAGUCUAUUAGUGAGCUGUCAUUUGACCAAUCAAUCUAGCCCCCGUUAAUAUUUAUUAUAAAUAGGGAGGAAUAAUAGAUUAAACAAAUAACUGUUAGUGCUAUAAACUUUGAAACUAUGGCUUGGACUGUUGCCCCAGUCCUUCAGUUUUAGUAUGGAAAGCUGAAAUGUGUAUUGAGAAUUCUUUUUAUUGGUCACAUAUCCCUUUAGUGCAAAUGUUCAUGAAGUGCAAAAGGUCAUUGAAAAGGAAAAAUUAGCCAAGUGAGUUACGAAACAAUGCACUGGAAGCUUCUUCACCAACCGCAUCUACUUGAGUGGGAGCUGAGCUCAAGAGCACAGGCCGUGUCCCAUUUGUUACAAUAUAGUCUGUGCAGGUGAAGUUUCUGGUAGAUUGUAAGCCUGAGAGUAUUUAUAUUUUGUGCUUCUCUAUAAACAGAGUGUUUACUCCUCUUAGUUGAGCCCAGCCACAUGGAUCUGAUGGAUCUUGCGGCUAAAACAUCACUAGCCCAUACACUGUAUUUGCAUAUGCAUGUUGAAAUACCUAUUGCAUUUGUACUCCCCACCCUGUCUACUUCUGCACAUGGUGUAAAAUUAUAUUUUUGUAAAAUCUUUCUUAUGUACUGGUUGAUCAUUCACGUAUGACUUUGCAAUAGGCAAAACCUUAAAAUAGCUGAGAAAUACAACCUUAUAAUUAAAAUGUUCUAUCUUUCUCUUAGCAGUUUCAGACUUUACAGCAAAAUUAUUCCCCUCCUCCCCAAAUGAAAAAAUUGUGUUGUAUUUCACUGUUACAUUUUCUCACCACGCUAGAGAAAGGGCUGCACUUAGAUUGCUUUCCCCAUGCUAUAUUAUUGCAAGAUGAGAAUGCACCACUCCAUUCUGAGAAACCGAUCACUAGGGAGAAUUGCUUUAUGUAUUUAGAAAGGAGGGCAUAGUCCUUCAUAGCUACAUGGAGGAAUUCUGCAGUGAAGCUCAGAAUUGCCAGAAACUCAGAAGGCUUUGCUGCCUUGGGGUUCUGUUGCGCUAACAAAAUGGGCAUAUAAAUAAGGUAAGUUUACAAUUCAUAUGUCUUAUAACUUAAAGCUACCUGAUCAGCAAUUUAAUCUCUGUUGACUUAAAAUGAUUAAAAAGUUAACUGUCUGAUCUCGCCAGUGGUAAAGUGCAAACUUCCUUCGGCUCAGACGAAGUGUUCCUGUAGAUUGGGAAGGAACCAUUAUUUAAAGCUGUCUAGUCUGAGGUCAUAAUUAAAACAUCUAGUGCUAUAUUUAGAAGAUUACGGUUAUGAACUUCCAUUGGAUCAGAUAGCAAACAUGUCUGGAGGUUCAGACCAGCCUUUUUUUCCUACUGGCAAAAGCAUAUAGUUGUGUCACAUUUAUAUCAAAUUGUUUUGCCCUGCUUUUGAGUAGAUUGGUAGUAGCUUAGGCAGAACCCUUCUUUUCUUUCCUUUACAAUCGGACAUAAAAUCUUAGGGAGCCUACAGUAAACACACAUGAUACUUUGUGCAGAAUGUCCCAUCAUACACCCAUGAUGUGCAUCAAAGAAUGCUAUUAUUUUCAAAACCUCAUUUAUUGUUUUGGGAUUAUGCAAUGCUUGUAACUUGGAAGUAAUAGCCACGUUCUUAAGUAAAUGGAAGAGUUUUGUCCCAUUGUCCUACGUAGCUGGAGAGUGAUCUUGACCCAUUCAUUCAUUACCUAGGUUACAGAAUUCCUCUAAUAGCUAUACUAAAAAAAACACCAACUAGAUAAGCAUAAUUUUAUAGGCAUUUGUGUUGUAAUUGGAAAAAAGUGGUUCUACAUUUUUACUUGAAUUUCCCACUUUUUUGGCUUUCUGAAGAAACUUAAGAAAGAAAACUACUGGUUAAGUAUGGAUGGUUUUGGAGGAAUAAUAUGUUGACAUUUCAUUUUAUUGUAUACAUAGAUUUCAUGAGCAUAGCAUUGAUUUUUCUGGAGAAAGACAUAUUUUAGUAUUACUUCCCUGGUGCAUUCUAUUAGAUACAGAACCAAGGUUAGUCUUAAAUCUGAUACGAAAUGAGGAUCAGGAAUAGAUGGGAAGUGAUAUUGCUUGGAAAGCCAACUAAUAGAUGCUUCAUUCUCUCAGUGAAAGGGAAACAAUGGAGGGCAACUGCAUUUUGUUUUGUUUUUUUUAAAAAAUGUUUUAUGUAGAAUAUCAUUAUAACAUAGAUGUGUGUGUGUGCGUUUAAAAGCAAAAUGUUAUAAGCUGAACAUCUCUUCCCACCCCCUUUUCCUAUUACUGCUUGAAUAGACUGAGGAAAUGUUCAAAUAAAGUGUUGUCACUCUUUAUUUAUAUAUACAUACAUAUAUAUAUAGUUGUUGCUGUAGUGUACAGUAUGAAAAAUCACUUCUUUUUGACGUGUAAGAAUUGGCGCGGGGGGGAAUCAACCUUCAACAGAUUAACUUUUAUAUAUAUAUAUAAAAUACACAUGGAACAGUGGAACAUCGGUUGUGAGUGCCUCACUACACAUGCAAAUCAAUCCCAAAGAUGGUUGGCAUGGGGUGUCUCUUAAUUCUUUGCACUAAAUGCUGCUUCCAUCUAGUAGUGAAUUUUGACUAUUUAACAAAAAGAAGUUUGAUACCUGACUUUGCUGAAAGAAAACUUCUGGCGUUGUAUCAAUUGCACUAGUAACAGUGCACAUAUUCAAAUAAAGGUACGCUGUUAUUACCUGUACUGCCUGAAUUGUUCAUAUCUGUCAAUAUCAACCCUAUGUGCAACUACCUAUGAGUAUGCUUCAUUGAACCUAGUGUGGCCUAAGCGUAAGCAUGCAGAGGAUUCUGCCAUUUAUUUCAUAUUGGUUUGAUGAAGUGAGGAUUUGUUGUGAUGGUGUGGUCACUUGACCUUCAGCUGGGCACUGCUGUUUACCGUGAGGUAGGGAAUGAGGUCCAUGUGGUAUUAAAUGUAUUGGCGGAGCCAAUCUGGUUCUCCCUCUAGUAAGAAACACUGCCUCGUUGUAUAAUCUCAGCACUUAAUUUCACACAGAAACCAUGUGCUCCAUGGACUUGGAUUGCAGCCAUGUUGUAUUUUUACGUUUAUUAAAACUUCCCAUCUCCCUUCUCUGGAGAUAAAACCCAAAUUAGAAAUAAAAUGAGCACCUCUCAGUGCUGUUACCUUCUGUUCAUAGCUACUCUAAAAUCCUGGUUUUCUCCAUAUGAGCAGCUAUUGCUUUUGGUCUGAGGUGGGGG